UUGGGCAACGGUUUUUCUCACUCCGCGGUUCACAUCACACGACGCUUCUUUCUUCUCGCUCACAAGCCAGUCCCGGGCCAAGAGCAUGAGGGCCUUUUGGCUGCUCGCCUUCACCGGCGCCGCGCUGGUCGUGGCGGCCGGCGGGCAGCAGGCCAACGUGUCGUCGAUCAUCACGCGGGAGACGUUCGAUUACGUGGCGAGCGGGCGCAACCAGUCCGGCUGCGAGGGCGGCUCGCUCUACACCUACGAUGCGUUCGUGAAGGCCGCCAGCAAGUUCCCUGCCUUUGGCACCGUCGGCGACGAGGAGACUCGCCGGCGUGAGCUCGCCGCCUUCUUCGGGCAGACCUCCCACUUAACGACAGCUUACUGCUAUGUGAAACAGGUGAACCCGACCAGCGCGCCGUACUACGGCCGAGGCCCCAUACAACUGUCCACCGAGGACAACUACCGGCUAGCAGGGAAAGCGCUGGGGCUGGACCUGCUGGGCAACCCGGACCUGGUGUCCACCGAUGCCGUCGUCUCAUUCGAGACUGCCAUCUGGUUCUGGACGACGGCGCAGCCACCGUAUCCGUCAUGCCACGCCGUGAUGACGGGCAACUGGACGCCGUCCUCCCAGGACCGCGACGCCGGGCUGCUGCCCGGGUACGGCAUGACCGCCUACAUCCUCAACGGCGGGGUUGAGUGCGGCACGACCUCCCAGGCCGCCCAGGACAGUGUCCGGUACUACAAGAGGUACUGCGACAUGCUCGGGGUGGGGUAUGGUAACAACGUGUUCUGUAAGGACAGCACGUCGGCACAGCCGCCGUCGUCGUCUCCAGGAGGACCAGCAGAGCCGUCAUCACCUCCUCCAAGUCGAAGAACUGGGCUUCUGAUCGGAGUUUCUGCCGGUUCCGUGUCGCUCUUGAUCGCUACCGGCUUGUUGAUCUGGUUCCUUCUACGGCGGCGGCGGCAAAAGCAGGCUAAAAUCCGGGAGGAAGCGACAGAACAAGGGUCAGAAGAGGGCAACUUAUUUGACGUUGAUCAGGCCAUGGAAGACGACUUCGAGAAGGGGACCGGACCCAGGAGGUUUCACUACAAAGACUUGGUCCUUGCCACCAACAACUUCUCCGAUGGCAACAAGCUCGGAGAAGGAGGCUUCGGCUCCGUGUACAGAGGAUUCCUGAACGACCUGAACCUUCCGGUGGCCAUCAAGCGAAUCUCCAAGGGCUCCAAGCAGGGGAGGAAGGAGUACGCGUCAGAGGUUAGGGUCAUAAGCCGGCUCCGGCACAAGAACCUGGUGCAGCUCAUCGGCUGGUGCCACAUCGGCGGCGAUCUGCUCCUCGUCUACGAGCUGAUGCCCAACGGCAGCCUCGACACCCAUCUCUACGGCGGUAACAACAACAAUGUGCUCCCAUGGUCAGUCAGGUACGAGAUCGUGCUCGGAUUAGGCUCUGCUCUUCUAUACCUACACCAGGAUUGGGAGCAGUGCGUCAUCCAUAGGGACAUCAAGCCAAGCAACAUCAUGCUGGACGCCGCGUUCAACGCCAAGCUCGGCGACUUUGGCCUUGCCAGGUUUGUUGAGCGCGACCGAGCAAUGUCAUGGACGACGGUUGCCGCCGGCACGAUGGGGUACAUGGACCCGGAAUGCAUGAUCACCGGCAGGACCAACGCCGUGUCGGACAUAUACAGCUUCGGCGUCGUCCUCCUCGAGAUCGCGUGUGGCCGGCGGCCUGUAGUGGUAGCUGAGAAGGAGGAAGACACGGUUCACCUGGCUCAGUGGGUCUGGGGCUCGUACGGUAGGGGGAGGAUCCUUGACGCCGCCGAUGCGCGGCUGAGCGGAGAGUUCGACGCUCGGGAGAUGGAGCGCGUGAUGUUCGUCGGGCUGUGGUGCUCUCAGCUUGAUCUGAAACUGAGACCCUCCGUCAGGCAGGCCAUCAACGUGCUGCGGUUCGAGGCGCCGCUGCCGAGCCUCCCUGCGACGAUGCCGGUGGCAAAUUACAUGCCACCGGUUGGCACGAGUAGCUGCACAUCGUCGACAGUGACAAGCGGCAACAGCAGCAGCGGGGGCACUUCCACAUCAUCGCUGGCAGCAACAGCGCAGCAACCACACAACCAAGAUUGACACCAGCGUUUUUUUUUUUUGAACUAUUUACUCUGACACUAUUUCUCUUGUUUUCUGUUUCUACUAGAUUAUUAUACUAUACUUCUUGCCUUGUUAUAAGAUAA